AUGAGAGCUCUCGCGAGAGCUAAAUCCUCCAGCUGCUUUCUUUCCUCUCUCAAUACUCCUUACCCUCAUCCCCCUCUCCCUUUCUCUCCCCUCUACCCUCGUUCCCCCCCUCCCCUCCACUUCCCCAGUGCCCUACUUCCCGUCUCCCUUCCUCUCCCCCUCUGCUCCCCUCCCCUCCCGGCUCCCCUCCUCUCCCCCACGCCCCUUCUCUUCCCGGACAACAAAGGUCCAAAUUGCGACGCCCGGCCCCAGCCUACACCAUCAGUUUUUGUGCUGCCACCACUGCCGCCCACUUCCCUCCCCUCCGCUUUUCCUCCCAUCUCCUCCCCCCCCACAACCCCGUUCUCUAAUUCGAACACCGCAGGGCCAUAUCGCGAGGCACGGCCCCGGCCUACACCAUCCGCUUCGGUGCCGCCGUCGCUGGCGCUCACGACCCUUCCAGUAACCUCUUCCCCUCCUUCCCCCCCUCCUCUCCUCCGCUCCCCCCUCCCCUCUUCUCCCCCCUAUUAUCUGUUCCCGAACACCGCAGGGCCAUAUCGCGAGGCACGGCCCCAGCCUACACCAUCCGCUUCAGUGACGCCGUUGACCCCCACUCCCCUCCCACCAACCUCUUCCCCUCCGUUCCGCCUUCCCCUCUCCUCCUCCCCAACUCCCCUUUCUCCUGCUUGGAUACCCCAGGUCCAUAUCGCGAGGCACGGCCCCGGCCUACACCAUCCGCGUCGGGCCAUAUCGCGAGGCACGGCCCCGGCCUACACCAUCCGCUUCGGUGCCGCCGUCGCUGGCGCCGACUCCCCUCCAAGCAACCUCCUCCUCUCGCUGCCACGUGGAGCGCCGCCAUUGGUCCUAUGCGGGGUAACGGCUGAGUGCCAGUGGGUGGCAACAACACCAUCCGUGUGGGAGGCGGCAGGGGAGAGGAGGAUGAGAGGGGUGGAUGCGCGGCAGGGAAGGGCACUGGAAGACAUGCUAACUGCGGUGGGGGAGGGGGGAGGGAGUGGGGAGGAUAGUGCAGCGGUGGGGGAGGGGAGUGAUGCAGCGGCAGGGUAUGGCGUGAGCGCUGCUGCUGUGGUGGAAGGCGGGGAGGAGGGGCACGAUGAUUUGUUGGGAGCGCUACAGAGAAGCCGCGAGUACAGCCACGGCAUCAUCAUUCCGCGCUACCCCCCACAGGACCCCCGCCUGGAAGUGCGCCUGAAGGGGGGAAUGGGGAAGAUGGGGGAGAGGGGGGAGUUGGGGGAGGGGCUAUCAGGGGCUAUGCGUGGAGGGGCGUUUAUGCUGGGGGCUUUCAAGGACGGCCAUGUGGUGGUGAAUUACGACAUCCGUGUUAUCGGCCCUGCGCAAAAACCCUCCGCCAUCAAUCUCCUCGUUGAUUACCCCGACCCGUCCUCAUUACAAGCCUCCUCGUUACAAGUCGCCUCGCUUCAGUGUGACUCGUGGGCGGAGUUGAAGCCACAGAUGUGGCGGGCGCAGUGCAGCAGCAGGUGGAGCAGCAGCAGUGGGGGCGGCAGUGCUGGCUCUUCUUUGCAAGGGCUUGUUCAAAACAUGACUGAGGGCGUGUUCAAUCGGUUCGCUUGCUUCGCCGUGGACGGUGAGAGGUCUCCCAGUGUUGCUGUGCUGUCAGUGGCAGUCAGUGCAGCUGGUGAAUCAGUUGAGGGAGCCGCUGAAGCUGGCUCGCUCGUAGGAGGCAUUAUUUGGAGGGCGCCACUUGUGGGGUUGGAUCAGAGGGUGCAACAGGGGGAGGAGCAGGGGGAGGAGCAGGGGGAGCAGCAGGGGGAGCAACAGGGGGAGCAACAGGGGGAGCAAAAGGGGGAGCAACAGGGGGAGCAGCAAGGUGGGCAGGUGAGUCAGAAGCAGGGUGAGCAGAGUAACAGUGGAGCUGGUGCAGCUGUGGCUACUGUAUCUUUCGAAGUCCCUGCUGCCAGUGCUUCUUUCGACAUGGAUACAGGUAACGCUGCUGAGAGUGCUGCUGAGGAUGCUGAGGGUGCUAAUGCUGCUGAGGGUGCUAUUGCAUCCGUGGGUGCUGACUCAACAUCUGCUAGCAAGUGUGAAACCUCCGAGUUUCCCUGUGCUGAUGAUUCGGAGGGCACUGCUACCUACCAGAGCCCUGACUUUCUUGAAGAAGAGAUCAGCCUAUCAGAUGGUACGGAUAUCCUUGUUCGCAGCCACACUCUUAGCAACACGCACAAGGAUGAUUUUCCUGCUGUCAUCGAGGGAGCUUAUAACGAGGGUGAAGGAGAGACAGCAGACAAUACAGAUAAAGCAGGGGAUGUGGUGGGUCCAGGGUUAGGGGACAGGAGAAGGGUAGGAGCAGAGGCAGGAGCCGAGGCAGGAGCAGAGGCAGGAGCAGCAUUCAUGCCGAGUCCUCCUGUGGCCCACAGGCUCUCCCAUGCGUCAUACCACGUGCCUCAACUGCUGCGCCUGCCAUAUCAGCACCACGGCAGUGCUUCUGCUUCGCAUGGUGCUUGUGACAGGAGCAGUUUCGCUGUGAAAGAACGCGAUGCUGACCCUGCUGUAGAAUCGUGUUGA